CCAUUUGGAAAACCGUUGCUAAUUAUGCUCUAAUCAGAGAAGUUAGUGGGCCAUGUUAAGCAUGAUGAGCGUCUCAUACACCGAUCAAAGUCAUUGAUUGGUGACUCAAUGGGGUCCAUUGGAGUGUGGUGGGGUGGACAGCAUAAUCAAGAAAACGGUUUCCUGGUCUUCUUCCAUUUCCAUAUGGAGAUUAGAGACUGGGAAGAGAAGAAGUGGAGGAGUUAACCUUAUAUAAACCCACCGGCAAGAAAAAGCUACAACCACAUUCUUUUCUCUCUCUCGGCAGUGUCUCUUUUUGAUCCCAUCCCAUUGUUCUGUCUCUUGCUUCGUGUUCUUUUGUCUUCCGGGGUUGUUGAAAAAGGCUUAAAGUUUUCAACUUUUCUCUCUGCGGCCUUUGCUUGGUGCUCCGUUUUUCAUUUGGGCUUCUGAAGUUGAUCGUUCGCAAUGACUGUGGAGGGCCAGAGGUAUAGCUUUAUGUUUGAAGAUGGAGCAACUGACCGGUUUCCGGUGGGUAUGCGAGUUCUCGCUGUUGAUGAUGACCCACUUCGUCUGAAAGUGCUUGAGACGAUGCUUCGUAAAUGCCAGUAUCAGGUUACUGCGACAAAUAAGGCGAUCAAGGCACUGAAAAUGUUGAGGGUAAACAGAAAUAGGUAUGACAUUGUGAUCACUGAAGUGAAUAUGCCAGAGAUGGAUGGUUUUAAGUUCCUUGAGCUCGUGAGGCUUGAAAUGGAUCUGCCCGUUAUCAUGUUAUCAGCAAAUAGUGAUACCAAGCUUGUUAUGAAGGGAAUUACCCUUGGUGCCUGUGACUAUUUGCUGAAACCUGUGAGAAUAGAACGGCUCAAGAAUAUUUGGCAACAUGUAAUCCGCAAAAGGAUGUGUGAUUCCAAGGACCAAAAUAAGUCCCCCGAUCUAGACAAGGCCUGUCAUGGAACUGAAAGUGCAAAUUCUGUGGCAAUUAGUGGUAAUUCAGGCGAGAACGACAAACUAAGCAUGAAACAGAAGCACCGAAAUGAAGAGGAGAAAGAAUAUGGCAAAGAUGAUGAAACUGAGAAAAAGCCCUGCGUAGUUUGGUCUGUGGAGCUACACCGGAAGUUUGUCGCAGCUGUAAAUCAAUUGGGUCUUGAAACUGCUGUCCCUAUGAAAAUUAUUGCCCUGAUGAACGUUAAAGGUUUGACAAGCGAAAAUGUCGCCAGCCAUCUACAGCAAUAUAGGUCCUACCUGAAAAGACUAAACAAUAUGCAAGCUCAGUAUUGCGGAAAGGCUGCCCCUUUGGGUGUUAAAGAUUCUACUUACUUGCAGAUGGGUUCAAUUGAUGGGUCUCUAAGUGUUGCAAACACUGCUUUAUCAUCCUACUCACCUGGAGGGAUGCUUGGUAGGUUAAACUCCCCAGUUGGUUUGAACUUGCCAGGAAUAACUCCUUCUGGACUUGCAGAACCUGUCGAUCCGCAGAACUUGAGCAACUCGUCCAAUUCUCUUGGGAAGCUCCAAGGAUCUGUGCUUGCAAGCCAAUUUAAAAAUUUAUUUAUACAGAUCCCAACAUCACUGGAGCACAAUGAAUUGCAACAGGACAAGUGCACUGCUCAUAUUGGAGGUUUCAAUUCCAUUAACAAUACAACAGGUUUGACAUUGCUGCCUAGCUUUCCAGAUACUAGAGUGAUUAUGGGUAGCUCAAGCAAUUCUCUGUCCGGUGCUUCAGGCAAUCCUUUGAUGUUCCAAUGGAAUCCACAGCCAACACACAGUAUAUUAGCACUGAUGAACCUUGGGCUAGCUUCAUCAAAUCCGAAGUCUAUUGAACUUGGUAACCGUGUUUUGUCUAAUUUCCCGGAUCACAAUCGAUGUAGUGAAAGCUUGCAGGGUGCCGGUCAGUUAUCAAAAUUUCCAUCAAAUGCUGUAUCUAUGAGUGGGUCUUACAAUCAUGAUCACUCGCAUUCUAGCAACUUGGGUAUUUCUUCUACCUGCCAUCAGAUUGGGAACAAUCCACAAGGUUUUUCUUCUGUAAGUGUACCUUUCAGUCUGUUAGCAGAGCCUCGAGGAGAUGUACAAUGCAGAGAAGGCUUGAUUGGAAAUAUUGUCCAGCCAAUAAACUACAUACGGAAGCAAAGGUGGGAAGAACAUGAGCAAGAUUACAGGCACUACAUGAAUUGGACUUUUGGUGCCAUUAAUUCCUCAGUAUCUGCUGAUAGGAAUUUGAAUCCCUUGAGCCAAAAUCUUGACAAAAGUGAUGCAGUCUGCAGUAAAAAUAAAGACCAAUCAAAUGGUAUUACUCCAUCUGCUCUUCAUUCCAUUGUGGUUGAAAAAUCUGCCAUGGAGACCAAGAUGAAGCCCUCCUUUGACCAAACAAAAUUACAGGGUGGUCAAAUGAAAAACCGUUAUGGAUCAUUGGAUGAUAUAAUGAGCUCUAUCACGAAAAGGCAAAGGUGCUAGGUGGGGCUCUUGCCGUGCACGCCGUACAUGUGGCUCUUUGAAUAAAAGCUGUUGCUCUUGUUGGCAUGCUGGCCCAGUUAAUAUAAGACUUUGGCAAACCUGAGAAAGAGGAGUAGAAAAUAUGGGAAGUGGGAGUUUUCAUGUACGAGUUCUUAAAGCAAAUUACAACUUUUAUUUUUAUUUUUUUUCUUUCUUCAAAAAGCAGAUUAAAACUUGUGGUUGAACAUAUUUGUAAAUUUAUUCAAAAGAUUUUGUUCUUUUGUUU